AUGACAAGUGACAGUUUUCGUCACAGUCUGACGUGUUGUUAUUUUAAUGAGGAACCGCAGCCACAGACCCAAGACGCUUCCACAGCAGCGUCUUUGUUCCGCGGCAGGGACACGGACACCUCGGAGCGCUGUUUACCGCCGCGCUCCACCUGCUGCACCGCCCGGGCGGCUCCCCAACCGCCCACCGCCCGAAACCCGAGCCCCGCGCACGAUGAAUGGCUCGGAAGUUGGCGAGGGAGGCGCGUGACACGCCACGAACCGACACCGGUACCAGUACCGGAGAAGAGGACAACUUCUGCUGAGAAGCUGCCGUCAAGUACCAGCAUCGAGCUAAAAAACCCUCAUCUGCCUCUCUGCACAAACCCUGGAAAUCCGGUGUUUUCCUGUAUGCUAGACCCAAAAACGCUCACAACCAAUAUUUUUUUGACAAAGCCUCAGAUUUUACUGUUUAAAACAACUUCAAGCGAAUACGGUGCGAUACCCCCUACCUCCCAGCUGGCACCUUGUACUUACCAUCCAAAGGAUCAGGCAUUUACAACCCACUUACUCACCUGUGGGUCAUUCAGAAACAGCCAGUUAAACACUGCUCUUGACAAAAGUAGGGUUUGUGACUACCCAAACUUUCAGCACACUCUGUAAAAAUGCAUCUCUCCUUUUCAUAUUUGUUUAUUUAAAUAGUGAGCCCUUAAC